AUGGACGCGAGAUCUUCGACCUCAGAAGCCGACCUCAAGGCGCAGCUGUUCGAGGCCUACGAGCGCCUCAACCCGCAACCAGAGCCCCGGCAGCUAUGGCUCCAGUGGCUCAUGCUGGUCACCCUCGUGGCUGUCUUGAUAUUCAGCAUCAUCGGCUUCGUCGUGUCCGGUAUCGUGCUAGGGGGCACGACUGAUAUUGCCGGCGUCGCCCUAGGACAGAGCUUCGUGCUCUUUGCAAGCUUAUUGGCGAUAAUAUACAUCAUUCUCCACAUACUGAAUGCGAGGAAAGACUACCCCAUGGACCGGAAACAGGCGUUCCAGCACCCGCUCCAGUCGUGGGCCGUCAUUGUCGCCCGGAUCGAUGUGAUUAUCUGGGCGAUUGCCCUUGUAGCGUCGUCCAUCAUCCUCGCGAAGGCGGAUCCAAAGCGGGCGGGCAAUGUUCGUGCCAUCCAGGCCAAUGUCGUCGCCUGUGUCGCGGGACUGCCCGCCACGAGCAUCGCGCUCGCCGUCCUCGAGACUGCACGGUACCCCUUCACUCUGCCGUGGAUCACGCCCGACUCGGUCAUCACGUGCCGGAUCAGCGCCCUCGAGUACGACAUGUUUGACGACAGCGUGUCCCAGCGCGGAAGCAUGCACCGGUGCGAGCCCGUCAAGGAGAAGAUCCGGGGACCACGCCCAAUCAUCGAGAAGAUCGAGGAGGAGAGGCCGAGGCGCGUGGUAUCCAAGAAGGAGGAGAAGAAGAAGCAAGAGAGAAAGGGCUCCCUACUAGGCCCGCGAACGAUGCCCGAGCCUGUCCUCGAAGAGGUCGAGGUCGAGGUUGAGGAGGUCCACCAGCAACCACCCCCCGUACACCAGCGACCGGGCGACUGGAAGAGCCAGUGGAACAACCUGGCUGAGGAGACUGGAUACAACUCGAUAGCGUCGUCACCAAACCUGUCGCAGUUCGGCUUCCCCUGGCAACAACAGCCACAGCAACAACCGGCAGUCGCCAGGAAGCAAUCCUCUUCCUCUCUGAGGCACAAGCCUCGAGGCCCACUCAGGCGCCCGAGCAAGAUCGGCAAGAGCAGCCAGAACCAGAACCAGAGCCAGAACCAGCAACAACAACAACAACAACAACAACAAGUGCAGAGCCCCGCUCAGUACAACAGGAUGGCGGGCAGCACAGUCAGCAUGUCGAGCGCGGCGAGCAGCAACUACAGCCAGCCGACACGGACGAGGCGAUCGCCCCUCUCGGUCAUGCGCACGGCCGACGACCCCAACACGGUUAUCCAGUCGGAUAUCCGGCUCGUGGCCAGCAGCGCCGGCUCCUCAACCUACACGACCGCCUCCUUCGGCCGGUCCGAGACCAUGUCGAGCGCCGACACGCACCUCACGCGACCGUCGACGUCGGACUCGGCGGGCAGCCUGGGCCUCUUCAACCGGGCCGCCGAGCGUCUCAAGGCCCACGAGCUCGACUCCAAGGCCGUCGACUACCGGGACCCCGUCAAGAAGAAGAGCAGUCGCCGGCCGCCCGCGCCGACAGUGGAGGACGAGGUGCGGAUCCCGGGGUCGUUCGUGGAGGACUGA